AUGGCAUCUGGGCUGUUGGCCUGGACCGCCAACAAUGCUGUGCUCAAGCCGACUUGUCAACUAUUCCAUUUGUUGAUAAUCGCCUUCUUCCUCACGACCACUGUUCUCGCGACCACCGAUACUAUCUUACCUUCCGCCGCUUCCGCUUCGUUCCCAGAAUGUGGGCUGUCAUGCACGCAGCUCCAGCAGGCCGCGGACAGCUGCCUGGCUAGUCCAGAAGACACACACGCGGUCCAUGUCUCUUGCUUCUGCCAGUCAUCUCUGCUAUCUCAACUGAAAACCUCUCCCGAUGGGACCUGCGACUCGUCCUGCAGCAGCGAAACCGAUAAACAGUUGUUGCAGGCAUGGUACACCAACUAUUGCAAUUCUGGGGCAAUUCGGGAGGGAAUUCUGGAGCGGCGACGACAACAGCCACAUCAGGCCCCGGCCAAAGAGGCUAAACCCAAGACCUGGUGGGACGGCCACUACAAAUGGGUCAUCAUGGUUAUUGUCCUCCUCAUUGCAUUCAGUAUCAUUGCCGCGGUAGCCACAUGGCUUAAGAAACGCCACGAUGCCAAAUAUCCGAAUCUCUAUCAUGGCGUCGGCGGCAGCGGCAGUGGAACGGAGAGCGGAUUGUUCGCCGGCGGCCGCGUGCGUGACCAAAGUCCAGGUCCCGGCCAACCGGGCCAAUUCUCAUCGAACUUUGGCGGUCUUGCACCUCCGCCCCGGUCAAGUUACCCAAACUCCGAUUCAAUCGCCAGCAGUUCGCGAACAGAGGUCGUACCCUCCAGAGCGCGGUCCGGCUACCCUUCUUCGCGUUUAGCAAAGACGCCCCAGUCAGCGGACGACGAUGUCGAGAUCCGGGAGGUUACUCGAUGA